GGGAUGGAGGCAGGGCGGGAGCGGCCGCCGCCUGAGCGCUUCCUGCCCGAGCCAGGCGGAUCCCACAAAGGGCUCAGCGGAGCGGCCUCGCUGCGCUCCCCGCCGGCCGCACGGCCAUGGCCGGCAUCAGCUCCAUCGACGCCGUCAAGAAGAAGAUCCAGAGCCUGCAGCAGGUGGCCGACGAGGCGGAGGAGCGCGCCGAGCACCUGCAGCGGGAGGCCGAUGCCGAGCGGCAGGCCCGGGAGCGGGCUGAGGCCGAGGUGGCUUCUCUGAACCGCCGCAUCCAACUGGUAGAGGAGGAGCUGGACCGGGCCCAGGAGCGCCUGGCCACCGCCCUGCAGAAGCUGGAAGAGGCUGAGAAAGCGGCAGAUGAGAGCGAGAGAGGCAUGAAGGUCAUUGAAAACAGGGCCAUGAAGGAUGAGGAGAAAAUGGAGCUCCAGGAAAUGCAGCUGAAGGAGGCCAAGCACAUAGCGGAAGAGGCUGAUCGCAAAUAUGAGGAGGUGGCCCGCAAGCUGGUGGUCCUUGAGGGAGAGCUGGAGCGCUCGGAGGAGCGGGCAGAGGUGGCGGAGAGCCGAGUGAGACAGCUGGAGGAGGAGCUGCGGACCAUGGACCAGAGCCUCAAAUCCCUCAUUGCCUCAGAGGAAGAGUAUUCCACCAAGGAGGACAAGUACGAGGAGGAAAUCAAGCUUUUAGGGGAGAAACUGAAGGAGGCUGAGACCAGGGCAGAGUUUGCUGAGCGGUCUGUGGCAAAGCUGGAGAAGACCAUUGAUGACUUAGAAGAGCGCUCCCGGCAGGAGGCUGAGAAAAACCGUGUCCUCACUAACGAGCUGCGGGUCAUCCUUACCGAACUUAACAACUGAGCUGUGACAGCUCCUGCCCCAGCCCCUGGGAUGCCCCCAGCCCUAGCUGUUUCCCACCCCAUUUUGACCAGGCUGGCUCGAGGCUAUGAGCUCUGCCUUCUCCCCCCUUGGGUAACUGCCCUGCUUGGUGGGACAGGGAUGCCCUGUGGAGCUGAUGGGAUUUUCCUGGGGGAGGGAUGAGAGCUUUUGCCAUGUCCCAGAAUGUCCAUGAGAUGGUGGCUGUCCCCUGGCAUCAGCCUGGCCCCAGUGGGGAGGGGCACGGUGCCUUCUAUAGUUGCCUUCCUCCCCUUCCCCAGGCAGCCAGCUCUUUCCCGUCCCUCUGGUCACGCUAAACUGAGCAGGGGGAUGCCCUCUCAGCAGGAUGCCCUUGCUGCAGUGUGGGCAGAACCCUUGCUCCAUCCCCAUCUCUCAUGGAAGAAGGAUACCAUCUGCAAGUGAGCACUGAAGGAGGCUGCCCCAGCAGUGAGCUCAUCCCUGCAGCCUUGUUAGCUCUGCUCCUUCUCUGCUGUCUUCUCUGCCCGCCUUCCUGGGCUGCUGUCUCACUCCUCUUCUUCACGGAGCACUUGGCUCAUGCAGCAGGUGCUGGCUCUCCUCUUUUGAGGCCAAGGGUUUGUGCACGUGCCCGUUGUGGCUGGUGGUGAUGGCAAGAUGGGGAGAUGGGGACGUGAUGAUGGCUGGCUGGAGUGGUACCUACCAGCAGUACCCAUGCCACAGAGGGGCCAUCCAUGGCAACAGGGCACUGGGGGAGGAUGGAGAAGAUGAAGAGCAGGGACCAUUUGUCCCUGGGGGUCCCAGAGGGUCUGGGUACAUACCUGCCAGCACCGCACUGAGAUGUCUGUCUGUGUGCGUGUGUCUGUGCUUGGUGUGGUGUGCGUGGGUCCGGCUGUGCCUGGGUAUGCUUGUGCUGUGUCUGCGUGUGUAUCUGGUUGUGUGGCUGGGUGUCCCUUGUGU